UUGUGCAAACAACGAGAUAGCAUCUGUUGUUAAUUCACCCUCCAUUCCCCCUAUAUCAAUUACCCACGCUAUAGAUAGAACUGUGUUUCUGACAGUCGCUCAAUUGACGAAGUAAUUAAAUGAAAACAGGAAUUAAUUCAUUAACUUUCUGAAGUGUGAAUCUAGUUAAUUUACUUAAGCAUGACUGCUGAUUUUGAAUUCAAAGACACGGAGAAGACACCAAUGGCGCCAACUGUUUCCAUAGAGCAGAUCACCAUAGUUCGACCGAUAAAGGUAGUUGCCCUUUUAUGUGCAGUCAUGGGUUUAUUUAUGAACUGUCUGUCAGUAGGAUCUACGUCCUGGUUUCAAACAGAUUUUGGAAGAGACGGGUUGUGGCAGACAUGUGUAUUUAUUGAGGAAGAUGCAAUAGAGUGUCGGACUGUUAAAACCUCAGAUUGGUUAGAAGCUUCGCGUGUUUUAUUUGUGAUUGGGAUGGUGAUAUGCUUCCUGUCUAUAUUUUUAACAUCUUUUGGACUAACUACAGAUUUAUUUCAUCGAAAAGAGAAAUAUUACAUCGCUGGUAUGACAUUUAUGGUACUUGCAGCUAUAUCAGAAAUGAUUUGUUUAAUUAUACAUCCAGUCAAAUAUAACGAGGAAUUGGAAAAGGCAGGUAUACACCUUUCCUGGGGUAUGGGCUGGUCAUAUGGACUAGGAUGGAUAGCUGCUAUAUUAAUGACUGUUGGUGCUGUUAUCCUGUACAUCGACAAAAAUGCAGAUGAAUUGAUUUAUCGUGAGAAAACAUCUUAUAAUGAUUCAAUAGAAGAAGCGUACGACCCUUGAAUCCUCUGAUAGACUGGUUAAAGUUAUUGAUACUGGUAAUUGUUAUGAUCUCUGCUUUAUCAUGUCUUAAUAAUUGCAAUAUAUUUACUGUAGAUAUACCUUCGAAAAAUUGUAAAGCAUUUUAGAUCAGCAUACGAACAAUCUGAUUUUAUUUAGUGUUACAAUUCCUGCACUUAAAUACUUACAAAUGUUCUGUGUAAAUUUUAAACAUAUGAAAGUUGUUGAAAAACACGAAUUUACGUUCGAAACAAACUCUAUGAAACUACGAUAUGUUUAAAAGAUAAAACUCUAUUUUGUGCAAAGAGUAUUGUCUAUUGAACGGAUGAUUUGUAUACUUGAAAUGCUGUGUUCAAUUAUCUUUAUGUGUAAGAGGAAAUACUUCUGAUUUUCAACCUCUUUGUAAAAAUCGUUUUGAAAGUUAAGCAUUUUAAUUUGUGAUACUGCACAUGUACAUGUUGCUAACUGAUGAUGUAUUACGUAUGCAUUUGAGUGUCUGCAAGUUUUUUUUCACGAAAUAUGUUUUCGAUAAACGUUUUACUUUAAACAGUAUUUAUUAUUGAAAAACAAUAAAGUAGUACAAUUUUACACAGCAGUCAAAUAUGCAUGGGUUUCGGAAACAAGUUUGGAAAAACUUUUAUAAAUCCGUCUCCCGAAACGUUUUACACAAAUGGCUAUUUGGUUCUGAAGAAAAAAAAGACAUAUCACAACGACCUU